AUGGCGGACCUGCAGCCACGAGGACGGUUGCGCAUCCUGGCCCUGGCGGCCGCCGAGCUGGCGCCCUCGCCGAGGUUUUGGGCGGAGCUGCGGGGGGAGGUGGCACGGCGCCGCAGGACCGGCAUAUGGCGUACUGAGGGCCAGGAUUGGAAGGACGACCUGCUGGGAGUGGUCUGCGCGCUGAAAUCCUCUGUGGGCCUGCUGGAGGCGGAGGCCCUCCCCUUUGAGGCGUCCCUACCCGUGAAGCCUUUGACGGGGGAGGCUCCCCAGGUGCUGCUUGAGCUGCCUGACCUAUUGGUGGUGCACAAGCCGGUGGGCUGGGAAGUCUACAACGACCAUGGGCCAAAGCAGCUGCGGGAUUUCCUGCACGCGGCUGGCGGCGCGGGCAGAGCGCCGCCCAUUUGGCGCGACGCCUCCUGGGACUACGGCUUUCUGCACCGCCUGGAUGUGCCCAGCAGCGGGCUGAUUCUGGCGGCGAAGAGCUAUCGGGGCUACCGAGCUCUUCAGGUGCAGCUGGCGACCGGCCGCAUGCAGCGCGAGUACCUGGUGCUCUCGCACGGGCUGGCGGAAGCUUCGCGGGGCCGCGUCCGAGCUUUGCUCUGGGAGGCUCCGAUCACCCAGGUGGGCCUGGGGCGGCCGGCGCUCACCAAGCUCAAGGUGUUGGCCCACGCAUUUGCCGAUGGCCAGGCAUUUUCUGCUUUGGCCAUUCAGAUCGCCACCGGCCGGAAGCACCAGAUCAGGAGCCAUGUAGCGCACAUCGGCCAUCCAGUGGUGCGGGAUGGGCGGUAUGCCAGUGCUGCCACCUUUCGCGGGGACCGACGCCUGUGCCGGGGCAUCCUGCACCGAUGGCGUUUGGCCUUCGAUGCCGGGGGCUCUCGACGAGUGGUGGAGGUGCCUCUUCCGCCAGAGCUGCAGCUGGCCCUGGCGCGCCUCCUGCCCAAAGCAGGCGGCCUGGUGCCUUUUCGCGGCUCCUGGGAGGUAGCGCUGAAGGGCGAUCGCCGCGUGGCGCGGGUGCUCAGAGUCUACGCACGGCUCCAAGCUGUGCAAAGCCUGGCGCCCUGCGCAAGGCGCGACUCGGUGUCCAGCUCGCCGGUCACAGUCUUAUAA